UGAGACAUAAUCAAUAUUGAAUGGUCCCGUCACGGUGGGGCGGGCUGUCCAUAAUCAGACAUCCCCGCCCAGACUCUAAUCCCAUUGGUGCAUCGGGAUGCCAAAGCCGUCGGGGUCCAGCUGGAAGGGAGGCGGUGAUUGGUCGGGGUGUGCUUACAGUUGAGUCCGUCCGUUUCACGGUGCUGGAGGACGGAGGGGGCUACAGGGGAUCAUUUCCAUGGACCAUCUGUCUCGCUGGCUGCGCUCACAACAAAGAAGGACCCAGGAUGGUGUUAGUCCAUGUUGGAUAUCUGGUUCUCCCCGUCUUCGGCUCAGUUAGAAAUAGAGGAGCGCACUUCAGCAGGCAUCAGCACAGCCAUGCUACCUCCUGCCGACAUUUUCACCUGGGCGCUCCCCAGGCUCCCAUCUCAGCAGAAUUCCCUCUCGGACAUGCCGGCCAGCCCCCGCAGGCAGGCUUGGCCGCCCACCUGCCCCCUACGCACCACCCGACUCUCACUGCCCUGCCUGCACCGCCUCAGUUUCAGGACGUGCCAGGGCCUUCAUUCCUACCUCAGGCUUUACACCAGCAAUACCUCAUCCAGCAGCAGCUCAUUGAAGCGCAGCACCGCAGGAUCCUUCCCCACUCCUCCAGAAGAACCCAGGAGCGCAUUCCUCUGAAUUCUCAUCGGUUGCAUUCGGGUUAUGAGUACUCCCCUCCCAUCCACGUCCCUCAGCCAAUAACGCAGCAGCCACGGUACCUGGCUGAAGGCACCGACUGGGAUCUCAGUGUUGACGCUGGCCUCCCUCAUCAGUACCAACUCCAGCAGCUUCCGCAGCACUAUCAGCAUUACCUGGCCUCCCCUCGAAUGCACCACUUCCCGAGGAACACGUCAUCUGCCCAAGUGGUUGUUCAUGAAAUCAGAAAUUAUCCAUAUCCCCAGCUGCAUCUGUUAGCACUGCAAAGUCUGAAUCCCUCGAGGCACGCCACUGCUGUGCGAGAAAGCUACGAGGAGCUGCUGCAGCUCGAGGAUCGACUGGGAAGUGUCAGCAGAGGAGCUGUCCAAACAACCAUAGAGAGAUUCACCUUUCCACAUAAAUACAAGAAGAGAAAGCCUCUGCAGCUAAAGAUUGGGGAGGAGGAGGAGGAAACAGAUGUGGAUGAGAAGUGUACCAUCUGUUUGUCCAUGCUGGAAGAUGGAGAGGAUGUCAGGCGAUUGCCAUGCAUGCACCUCUUCCACCAGGGUUGCGUGGACCAGUGGUUGGCUACCAGCAGGAAGUGUCCAAUAUGCCGGGUUGACAUCGAAACACAGCUGAACCCCGACAGCUGAUGAGAUUUGACUCCUUGUGAUUCACUCAGUCAUGUGAGAUUCCUCUCUCUCUUCCAUCUCGGCUCAGCAGCCUUGCCCCGACCCCCAUGCCUUCUUCUCCACUUGGUGGGUGCUUUGCCAAAUGUCUCCAGACUUCACGCGACACGAAACCCCCCCUCUAAUUAAUGCUUUAUUGAGCCAAGCCAGGACUACACGAGAGGCCACGAAAGACUCUCUUUAUAUAGAAGCACAUCCUCUUGGGACGCAAACGACACUGGAACACAAAACCACACACUUUCUCAUGUACACAGGGUUUACUUGUAGCUUGCUGGUCGUGAGUGGGGUGUUGUUGCAGUUGUGAUGUUGUACUGUAGGUAGCCACGGGCUGUGUAGCAUGUCCUCAAAGCCAUGACUUUAUGUCUGCAGAGCGGUAAACACGUAACCCACCGAACUGUCUAUUUUCUCUAGUUUCUCUGUCUUUUUCUUACUCUGACAUAAACAUAAGCUUAACAGCUACUAACCGCUCUGAUGCCAUGUUUACCUAAAGAUCUCUGUGGUCGUAGUAGAGUAGCAGUAACCAAUAAGUGAUACUUGGUGGACUCUCGCCUUCUUGGGUCGAAGCACUAGCUAGCUGAGUGUUUUGAUUCCGUCAUACAGCUUUGACUUUUUGCAAUACAGUCGUACUUUUUGCUCUGGGCGGUGUCACUUGGUUGCCCUCUUGUGCAACCAGAACCCUGGUGACUGAGUGGUGUUGUGUCUAAAAUGUUAAAAAUAGGCAGAAAGUGUUUUUUGUUUUUUUUUAGUAUUUUUAUUUUUUUUACCAAAAUGCAUUUUAUUAAGUUAGCUUGGGUCUGCACACAAGUUUUGUGUGUGUGCAGGCGUGUGGGCGCGUGUGUGUGUAACUAAACAAAUAUGUGUCAGUGGCAUGUUGAGUUUGCUUUAAGAGUUAAGAGGUUAAAUACUGCAGCCGCCAGAGCUCCUACAAGACACAAAACCAAAAAAAAAAAAAAAAAAGGGAUGAAAUUACAAGUUCUUAUGCACUAGGCAUGGGGUGAUAUGAGAUUCUUAAGUUACCAUAACUUUCAGUAAAUACACCAGAGGGUCAUGGUAUUAUUGUAUUUACACAGUAAAUUGUUAUAAGAAUGUAAAGAAUUUAUUGUUUUAAGACAGAAAAUAAACAAUUAUUCCAAAUGCUUCUAAAAUAUUAGAGCAUAUUGAAAAUCAGGCAUGCUUUUAUGUUUGACAAUUGUUUUAGUUAUUUCACCUUUGAAGCACUAGGCUUCCUUUUGCUCAAUUUUACACACUUUUGGGCAUCUAAAUGAAAGGAUUGAAUGUUCAGCAGUUUUAAAACUGAAAAUAUAUAUUUUUUUUAAAAACCCUGGAUACCAGAGACUGGCCCAUGCCUCUCAUGCACUGCAGAUGUAGGUGGGAGGAUGUAGUUUUCCUUCUGCCUGCAUUUUUUUUUCACCUGGAAUUGACCCAAACGGCAAAACAAAGUGUACUGACAUGCAUGUUUCAUUGAGGUUUUUAACUGUCAGCUUGGGCAGCGUCACCUUAACUGGGAUGGGUGAAAAGAUUCCUGCGCAUGACUUAGUUAAUCUGAGCUCUGACUAUCUUCUCAACACUAACAAAAAGAAAGAAAAAAAAAGGUCAGUCAGUGGCUGCUCCCCUGACUCGUAGCUUGUGUUCGUCCUGUCCCCCUUCGAUGACGACGGGACUCUCUUGAUGUUUACCUUAUUGCCUAUGAAGAGCAAGCACAUAUGAUAAUAGUUAUAGCAACAAGCUGUUUUCCUUGAACUUGCAUUAGAUGUAGAUCCAUGCAGUGUUUUAGAUGGGAGAGGAGUGUUUGGUUUUUUUUCUACAUCCUGAUCCCAUGUGUUUGUGUGACAGGCCUCCCUUUGUGGUUGCUUUGCUGGUUGCUACGCUGUACUCCUAGAACACAUAGGGCGUGAGGCGACGAAGGCAGCCUCGCUCUUGCAGUGCACACAGACACAAGACGACGCCACAGCAGGAAAAAACAAAAGAAAUCACGUCUUUUUUUUUUUUCUUUCCUUCAGUCCAACAAAGCCAUGUUUUAAAGAUCACCUUCAGGACCCGCACCGUCCAAUGCACUGUGAUAGCAAAGGAUUAUUAGACCUUUCAGUUCCCGUCUUGUGCACUGCGAGUGUUGACACUGCCUCCUCCCAUGGUGGAGACAUCUGUGAUGAAGUUUUCAUAGUUUACACAGGGUGUUGUCAGCUGAAAUGCCUUAAGUAUUUAACAAUCAUAAUUUAUUACUAAUUGUAGAUAUUGUGGGGAUGUAUUUAAUUUCAUAGAGGUUUUUUUUUCAGAGUGAGAGAAAAAGAGAGAGAGAGCGACUGAAUCAUAAUUUAUUUAUUUAGAAAUAACGAAAAGAAAUGCUAUGAAAAAAACGAUUACCUCAUUUUUGCAUUGUUGGAAAUGGGAAUGCUUUGCAUGCAGUUGUACUUUUUGAACAUUUAAAGUAUAUUAAAAAAAAUUUUGAAAAAAAUAGCCCUGCUGUUUGAUCUCCACAAGCUGGCUAUGCGAUGUUUACGGCCCCAGACUGAGCUACUGAGCCUGCUCUCUGUCUGUCUCCCAUGUGGUGCUGUGGAUCUUAGUUACAUUCCAUUCAAUGCAAUCUCUCUGAUCCCCCAUGCUGUGAUGUGGACAAACUGCAAUGAAGUGAACCAGUCUUUUAGUUUGUGUUCUGUUUUGCACUCACCUGUUUGAUAUACAUCGGAACCCUCUCACUGGCAAAAGCAAGCAAACAAAAAAAAA